AUGAGAUUCGCUAAAGCUUCGAUUGCCUCUUUGGCUUUCGCUUCGGUUGCCUCCGCUCUUCCGGCUUACAAGAGGGAGGAGGACUGCUCCUCAACCCAGGUCCAUGUCCACCACAAACACAAGAGAGAGGUUGUCUACGAGUAUGCCUACGUCACCGUGACUGUAGACGGCAACGGCUCCCUCAGAGGUACUCCAUCCUCUGCUUCCUCCGAGCCUACUUCCUCCUCCACUGCUUCCUUCUCGUCCGUCGAGCCAACCACCUCGUCUUACGUCGAGCCAUCUACUUCCUCCAGCCCAUCUUCCUCCGCAGGUGCUUCCACUCUGUCGUCGGGCUCUGUUCCUUCUGGUGACCUCAAUGGUAUUUGGGGUGACCUUUCCGACUACGUCGACCCAACCAACCAGUUUGAGGAUGGUGUCCACUCUUGUGACUCGUUCCCUGAGGGUAACGGUGUGAUCUCCCUUAGCCACUUGGGCUUCGGUGGCUGGUCUGGUAUCUACAACAGUGACACCUCCACCGGUGGUAAGUGCCAGGAGGGCUCUUACUGCUCUUACGCUUGUCAGUCUGGUAUGUCCAAGACUCAGUGGCCUUCUGACCAGCCAUCCAACGGUGUUUCCGUCGGUGGUUUGUUGUGUAAGAACGGCAAGUUGUACCGUACCAACAAGGACACCAAGUACUUGUGUGAGUGGGGCAAAGACAGCGCCGUUGUCGAGAACAAGUUGAGCCUGGAGGUUUCCAUUUGCAGAACCGACUACCCAGGUACCGAGAACAUGGUUAUCCCAACUGUUUCCAGACCAGGCAAGAAGAUUCCAUUGACCACCGUUAACUCUGACACCUACUACGAGUGGAGAGGCAAGUCCACCUCUGCUCAGUACUACGUCAACGACGCCGGUAUCGGCUACAAGGAUGGUUGUUUGUGGGGUUCUGCUGGUUCUGGUGUUGGUAACUGGGCUCCAUUGAACUUUGGUGCUGGCUGGACCAACGGCAUUGCCUACCUUUCGUUGAUUCCAAACCCUAACAAUAGAGACGACACCAACUACAGUGUGAAGAUUGUGGCCGACGACAACUCUGUUGUCAACGGUGAGUGUGUCUACAAGAACGGUAAGUACAACGGUGACGGUACCGAUGGCUGCACAGUUGCAGUCACCUCUGGCCGUGCCAAGUUUGUAUUCUACUGA